AUGGAUAAAAAAGUUACAAUUAUGUGUGGUGUAUGUAAUACUGAUUGUUGUUCCGUCAAAAGUUUUCAAUGCCAUUGGUAUAAGUUCCACAGCGAUUAUUUAUCGUCCGAAGAAGAUCCGGGGGAACAACAACAAUCGUCACUUGAUGAAGAAGAUGCUGAAGCUGUAAACGAUAAUUUUCCUGAUGAAGAACUGGAAAACGAACCCGAAACAAUGGAAGGCACAGCGUCCAAUGACGCGUGGAUGUCAGCGUGGAUAAUGUGGACCACUCGUUCAGGAUAUUUACAAAGUUUUCCUCCUGAUAAUUAG